UAAAGGAGUAACAAACACGCUGAACGUGUUCCUGUUAGGAAAAGACGAGGCGAAGACGCAAAUUUUUUUUUUGGGGGGGGGGAAGCAGAGGAUUUGUGUGUGUUUUGGUGGUGAAAGGAUAGUGACAGCGCUGAAAGCAGAAGACGGUGGAUUGUCCUCUCAGCCAUCUUGACUGCCGCUCGCCUCGCCGCACUGAAGGCUGUCUCCUCCUGCUCCAUUCAAAGUAAACACAGCCGUGCUCGCCACUCGCAAGUCCAUGCAAGCUCUACGGAGACGCGAGAUGGGCUCGCUGCGUGGAAUUUGACCGGACUGAAGCCGGGGGGUGGAGGAUUUACGGCAGUAUUUUCGAGCAGGUAAAAAGAAAAGAAAAAGCGUAAGCAAAGGAGUCGAGAGGCGCCACUGCUUGGAGAGAUGGAACCAGACCUGUUUGGGAUUUACCUGCUCCUCUCUCUCGCCCUCCUGCCCAGAUCCAGCUGCACCACCGCUAAGGAGAUCACCUGCCAGGAAAUAGCCGUGCCCCUGUGUAAAGGCAUCGGCUACAAUUACACUUACAUGCCCAACCAAUUCAACCACGACACACAGGACGAAGCGGGCUUGGAAGUCCAUCAGUUCUGGCCUCUGGUGGAGAUCCAGUGCUCUCCCGAUCUCAAGUUCUUUCUGUGCAGCAUGUACACGCCGAUCUGUCUGGAGGACUACAAAAAGCCGCUGCCGCCAUGCAGGAGUGUGUGCGAGAGAGCCCGGGCCGGCUGCGCGCCCCUCAUGAGGCAGUAUGGCUUUCCUUGGCCGGACCGCAUGAAAUGUGAUCUGCUGCCGGUGCAAGGUAACCCCGACACGCUUUGUAUGGACUAUAACAGAACGGACUCGACAACCGUGUCGCCCGUCCUCCCCAAGCCCACCGACCAUCCGGCGAAGGGCUUCAACCCUCCCAAAAUCAAGCCAGGUAGACCCAGUCCGCCGAGGAAGUACAAGCCGGCCGCGGGCUCCUGUGAGCCAGGAUGUAAAUGUCUGGAGCCCAUGGUGCCCGUCAACACGGAGCGCCACCCGCUGUACAAUCGCGUGAAAACUGGCCAGAUUACCAACUGUGCCAUGCCUUGCCACAGCCCCUAUUUCACCCACGACGAGAGGGCUUUCACCGCCUUCUGGAUCGGCCUUUGGUCCGUGCUGUGCUUCGUGUCAACUUUUGCCACAGUUGCCACCUUCCUCAUAGACAUGGAACGCUUCAAGUAUCCCGAGAGGCCCAUCAUCUUCCUCUCCGCCUGCUACAUGUUCGUGUCAGUCGGCUACAUCGUCAGGCUCAUCGCCGGCCACGAGAAGGUGGCUUGCAGCAGGGACUUGGACGUUGAGCACAUCCACUACGAGACCACCGGACCUGCGCUGUGCACGGUGGUCUUCCUCCUUAUUUACUUCUUCGGCAUGGCCAGCUCCAUCUGGUGGGUCAUCCUGUCUCUGACUUGGUUCCUCGCAGCUGGGAUGAAGUGGGGCAAUGAAGCCAUUGCCAAUUAUUCCCAGUACUUCCAUCUGGCAGCGUGGCUCAUCCCCAGCAUGAAGUCCAUAGCGGUCCUGGCUCUGAGUUCUGUGGACGGGGACUCUGUGGCCGGGAUCUGCUACGUGGGCAACCAGAACCUCGACAACCUGCGUGGCUUUGUCCUCGCACCUCUGGUGAUUUAUUUAUUCAUAGGCACCAUGUUCCUUUUGGCUGGAUUCGUGUCCCUAUUCAGGAUCCGCAAUGUCAUCAAGCAAGGUGGCACCAAGACUGACAAACUUGAAAGGCUCAUGAUUAGAAUCGGUGUCUUCACGGUGCUCUACACGGUUCCGGCCACCGUCAUUGUGGCGUGUUACUUCUAUGAGCAGCACAAUCGGCAGAACUGGGAAAUAACCCACAACUGUUCCAACUGUUUACACGAGAGGGACCGCAGCAGGCCGGACUAUGCUGUCUUUAUGUUAAAGUACUUCAUGUGCCUUCUGGUGGGCAUCACAUCCGGAGUGUGGAUCUGGUCCGGCAAGACUUUGGACUCCUGGAGGACUUUCUGCACCAGGUGCUGUUGGGGUAGCAAGGCCACGAGCGGCUCCAUGUAUAGCGACGUGAGCACGGGCCUGACGUGGAGGUCGGGCACGGCCAGCUCUGUGUCUUGCCCUAAGCAGAUGCCAUUGUCGCAGGUUUGAAUAAAACUAAAAGAAAAGCAGAUUAUGGGGACUGCUAAUUGUUUGGGAGAUAACCCAUCACACCCUGUCUUAAGCAAUUUGCAUUGUAAUGAGCUGCUGCUGAGGUGCUGCCCUCCUUCCUCCCCAAACUGCGGGGAGAACAUUGAAACAAUGUCCCAGGCAUUCAGACAGGUUUAAUUCCUCCCUGUUUAUAUGAAUUAGAGGCUCAUCUCCAAUUAUGGGGGCAUUACUUCCUGUAGCCAGUUCUUAACAAAUUUCAUACAAAGAGCAUUUUUUUUAUUAACAACCAUUUUUUGUACCUAUCUUGUGCCAGAUAACGUUAAAAUGUCAGUCAUGUCAAAGAUGGUUUAAAGUAAGCCUUAAUAGUGCCACGGUGUUUUGUUUUGUCAACCCCCCCCCCCCCCCCCACACCCCAAGUCAUUCAUUUUGAAAUUUCAAAAAUGUAUUUAUAAAGAUUAUGUAAAUUUGUGUAUAAAAAGAAAGGUUUAUAACUAUUGUAUAUUUGUACA